AUGUUCUCUUUCGCUGCCUUCUGCUACAUGCUUUCCCUCGUCCUGUGCGCUUCUCUCAUCUUCUUUGCUAUCUGGCAUAUUACAGCUUUUGAUGAGCUUCAAGCUGAUUUUAAGGUUCCAGUUGAUCAAGGCAAUCCACUUCAUGCACGUGAAAGACUUCGGAACAUUGAGAGGAUAUGCUGCCUUCUACGUAAGCUGGUGCUUCCAGAAUAUUCAAUCCACAGUCUCUUCUGUAUCAUGUUCUUGUGUGCCCAGGAGUGGCUUACUGUGGGUUUGAACAUCCCUCUACUAUUUUACAACACAUGGAGGUACUUUCACAGCCCCACAGAUACCAAGGAGCUGCUUUAUGACCCAGCCAGUGUCAUGAACAAUGACACACUCAAGUUCUGCCAGAAAGAGGCUUGGUGCAAGAUGUCCUUCUUUGUGCUUUCCUUUUUCUACUAUCUUUACUGUAUGAUCUACAAUCUAGUGACUUCAUAA